GGUGGCCAACAUCCGUCUGCACCUUAAUCCGGCACACACACACAUUAUAUAAAUAUGGCCAUCCAAUCCAGCUUCACACAGAGAAACAACUCUAGGCGGUCUGCUUGUGUGGCUCAUUUACAAGACUGGUCUCGAGCAUCAUGAUUGUUAUAGUGGACCUGCUGCUGAUGCUUAUCCACCUGAGCUAUUCCAUCCUGCAUGCCAUCUUCCAGACUUUCCUAAGGCCAAGGCUCAAGUGCAUUGACGGGGAGCUCUGUCUGAUAACAGGGGCCGGGGGCGCGCUGGGCCGCCUGUUUGCCCAGGAGUUUGCCAGAGAAGGAGCGGACCUAGUGCUGUGGGAUUGCAACACGACUGCCAACGAGCAGACCGCCAAACUGGCGCGGGAGCUGGGAGUUCAGGUGCACGCAUACACGGUGGACCUGUCCAAGCGUCAGAACAUCUAUGAGACGGCGGACCGGGUGAGAGCUGAGGUAGGGGAAGUCUCCAUUCUGGUCAACAACGCUGGCGUGGUGGCCGGACGGAGGCUGUUGGACUGUCCCGACGAGCUUUUGGAAAGGACUCUGCUGGUGAACUGCCACGCGCUGUUUUGGAUGACAAAGGCCUUCCUGCCUCAGAUGAAAGCAAAAAACCGUGGUCACAUUGUCACCAUUGCCAGUGCUCUCGGACUAUUCAGCACUGCAUGUGUAGAGGAUUACUGUGCCAGUAAAUUUGGCGCAGUCGGAUUCCACGAGUCACUGGCGCACGAGUUGCUCGCAGAGGACAUGGAUGGCAUCAAAACCACUUUAGUCUGCCCUUAUAUUGUUGACACAGGGAUGUUUGCAGGCUGUGAAAUCCGAAAGGAGCUUCGCAGUUUAAUUCCACCCCUGGAGCCCCUAUACACUGUGCAGCAGUCAAUGAAAGCCAUUUUAGCUGAACAGCAAAUGAUCUGCAUUCCUCGCCUGAUGUACAUUGCCUUCUUAACACGAGCAUUGCUCCCAUGGGAGGCAAAUGUUGCAACAUAUCGCUUCAUGGGAGGUGACAAAUGCAUGCUACCCUUCAUCAAGAAUGUUGAACGGAGGACCUCCAAUGGCCACAUCAAAUCCUAAGACUGUCAGCCUGCCGUAUAACCUUUUGGACCAAUGCAAUCGCCAAAGGCUCACACUGUAUAUUCUUAAUACACACAUUUGUCACCCCAAGGGAGAGCCCAAACUUCAUGUUUAGCUUUUAACAAUGGCCUGAAAAGUAACUUUAUUCACUGCCAUUGAUGCAUGCAUGUUGGGUCAUUUCUGCUUAUAAAUAACUGGAUAAAAAGGGCCACCAGGGAUGGUUUAAGGAAACUCCUCCUUAUUUAUAAAGUUAUUGAUUUAUCUCAGCACUGGAGGCCAAAGAACCAAUAAGAUUUACAAAACCAAGAUAAAUUCAUCAAAAUACUGCUUCUAGAAAAGAGGCUGCAAUAAUAACAGAUCUACACAAGGGCCUCUUUUAAUCACAUUAACAAACAGUGCAGAAACAAAGACUAGACAAUAAGAAAUUUACGGGAAACAUGCAAAAUAUUAUGCAUUAUUUUUAAGCCACAGACUGCAGUCUCCAUAAGUGUAAAGGGAAUUAGGUCAUACAAAAAA